AGGCAAAGUGGGAGAGUCUCACUGAACCUCAGGGUUUCCAGAGCUGAAAGAAGAGUAGAACUCAAAGGCCAGGCUAUCUGGGAAGAGUUUUGUGAGAACUCUGGGUGAAGAAAAGGAUCUAGAACAGAUUUUUGUCUCUGGAGGAUGCAAUUCUUUAGCAAAGGUGGUGAAGGGGGCAGGAAGAUCUGUGUUGGGUGCUUGAGCACAGGAUUAGAGGCAGUGGGAGGGUAACCUUGAAGGCAUCUCCUAAUUAAUGAAGUUCAACUGCACCCAUGUGAAAAGGCACUGAGAUGUUUUGCAGUAACUCCCCUUGUGCUGUCCCAGAGCAGUGGAGCUCUCUGUUCCUGUGUGUCCCUGUCACCCCACACCCUGGAUGCUCAGAGCUGUGGCCCCUCCUCUCUCCCAGGUGGAACAGGCUGUUCUGAAGAUUGCCUGGAUGACAGACCUGCUUUGAAGCCUGUCAGCCCCUCUGCAGAGCACCUCUCCUGUUAGGAAUUGCUGUCCUGGAGAACAAUGGCUGGGAGCAGGGUGAGGGGCAGCCUUUGAUCCCACCUGGCACGUGUCCCAACGGGGCCUGCUCAUGGGCACUGCUGGGUUUUGGCAUUUCUGAUCAUAUCACACUGAAGCACAGGAACUGUGCUUUGCUUGCUACCCCAGAUGACAAUUUAUGAGCAAAUGCCCAUUCCAACAGGCAUGGUUCAAGCUGAUGGAAAUGUUGUCAGUGCUGCUCAAAUGGUGAAGCUGCACACAAACAUGGGCAUGGGAUUGAGAAAGUGAGGAGGAAGGUUGAGGCUGUGAUGGUUUCAUUUCUGUGAAAUUUAAGCUCAGGUUUGCCCAUGUGGCAUUUCCACAGGAAUUGAUAAUGACAUCCUUAAUAAAAUCCAGAAGAAAAAUAUUUGUGUGCAUGAAGAGAAGGUGUACAGGGGCUCUUUGUCCAUGACCAUUUCUGUUGUGCAAUGACACAAGGUGGUUACAUCACCAAGUUUCACUCGAUGCUGAGAGAUGGGUGUCACUACGUCAGCUGCAAGGUGUAAUUUCUGACCAGAAUGACACAUAUGGAAUGCAAAUAUGUUCCACCACAAGCUUGUCCUUCCCCAUUUCAUGGCUCUGCACCUCCUGCAGUGAUACCACGCUCCAGGGUUGUUGAACAGGGCAGGUGGGAGUGGUGACUGGGUGAGCUCUCCGGGAAGGUGCGUGACCCAGCGUGCUCCAGAAACACCCUGGCACUGAAGGCGUUGUUGGGAGGCGUUUGCCUUUCCACACCAUGGCAAACUCCUGAAGAAACACAUGUGGGACCACGUUUCAGGGGCAGACACACCAGGCAGCUCUCACUGAACCGACGCAUCCCCAUGUGCACUUGCUGGCUGAAAUUGAGUUGGUUGGCUGUUGACUUUGACUAAAUAAAUAAGCCACUUAACAGUAAUAAUAAAACAAUCCCUAAACUAAAAACAAACAACAAAGUGGAAUAUUCACACAAGUGCAUUGACAUAGUGGAGUUGUUCUAAGGAUUUUUGCCAAUGAAAGGGGAAGAAUAAAGAGGCCAAGCUUAGACCAAGAAUUUGGCAAAAUAUGUUUUUUCCCUGUGGUUGCUUAGGGAAUAUUUGGUGAUACAGUUGGCCAUGGACUUCUGAAGUUGAGGAAGGAAGAGGGAAAACUUCUGGCCUGUGGAGGAUAAGGACUACAUGAACAACAUGUUGGUACCAAGGGCACACUUUCUACAUGCAAGGGAGAAUUUCUCUCUCUUCAAAAUCAAGUAUUUCUAUUGAUGCUGCUCUGUAUGGAAGAGAAAAGCAGAGGAAAUGGAUGUAGGAAUAAAGAAGAGUUGUAUGUAAUAAGGAUGAUUGCUCAGCUGUUAACCACGGAAGAGUCUGUCUGUGAGGAUAUUCCUGUGCACAGAGGUGUCCCUGUUCCCUUACGAUGCACGUACAUCACCCUGGGAAUCGCUGAAGCUGUUCUGUGCAGGAGGCAUUGCUGAGAUUCCCCUUGCAGCAAUGGACUUGGACAAACAAUCCGUGUGGGGAUCCCUGAAGCAGAAGACGCGGCCGUUCCUGCGAAACCUGAGCGUGAGGAAGACGAAGAAGAGGUCUGGCAAGAUGCUGGAGAGGAAGGGCCGCUCCUUGGACCGCUGUCUCAGCGUGUCCGUGCCUGACAUGCUCGAGGUGGACACUCUCAUGGAGGAAGAGGAAGAAGAAGAAAUUACUUACUCAAACGCUCAGGUGUUGUCAAGCUGCUCCCCCAAGAGCUUUUCCAGGUCUGUGGUGUCCCUGAAGAGCAGAAGCGCUUCGGUGAAGGCAGUGGGAGAGGACUGGCUCUGGGCGUCGCAGCAGAGGACACGGACAGAGGUGACAGUCACCCCUCCGGACACGCAAGCUGUGGGCGUUCACCUGGUGUCCUCACGAGGAGCUGAGGCUGUGGGCAGCCCCGUGUCCGAGGGGAAGAAGAGGAGAUCCAGCGAGGACCUCUUUGACCUGCUGCAGAGCUCCCGGCUGAGCGCCGCGCUGAGCGACGAGGGGACAGAGUACCCAUGUGGAGAAAUGGAUUUUGACUCUUCCCUAUCAUCUCAAAACUUUGAUGACCAAAUGGCUCUGGAGGAAGCCAACGACUGCCUGAGCGAGCUGCCCAGCCCCUUUGCCUACCUGCUGACCAUCCACCUGAAGGAAGGCAGGAACCUGGUUAUCAGGGAUCGCUGUGGUACAAGUGACCCGUACGUGAAGUUUAAACUGAAUGGCAAAACUCUUUAUAAAAGUAAGGUAGUCUACAAGAACCUCAACCCAGUUUGGGAUGAAACUGUUGUGCUGCCCAUACAGACCCUCGAUCAAAACCUCUGGAUCAAGGUGUACGAUCGUGAUUUAACCUCUUCAGACUUCAUGGGUUCGGCAUCUGUGGCGCUCACUGACCUUGAACUCAAUAGAACUACUGAACAGGUUUUAAAACUGGAAGAUCCCAACAGUUUAGAAGAUGACAUGGGAGUGAUUAUAUUAAACUUGAGUCUAGCAGUCAAGCAAGGAGACUUCAAGAGAAAUAGAUGGUCAAGUCGAAAGAAAAGAACUUCAUCCAAGUUGAGUUUCACACGGAACCUGCGGCUCUCGGAGUCGCUGCGCAAGAACCAGCUGUGGAACGGGCUGGUCACCAUCACCCUCUUGGAGGGCAAGAACAUGCCCAGAGGGGGCUUGGCAGAGAUUUUUAUUCUCCUCAAACUGGGGGAUCAAAGAUACAAGAGCAAGACACUGUGUAAGAGUGCAAAUCCUCAGUGGAGGGAACAGUUUGAUUUUCACUACUUCUCUGACAGGAAGGAUAUGUUGGACAUUGAGGUGUGGAGAAAGGAUAACAAAAAGCACGAGGAGCUUUUGGGAACGUGUCACGUUGACAUUACUGCCCUGCCAACAAGGCAGACCAACUGCUUGGAGCUGCCUCUGGAGAAACACCCAGGGUCCCUGCUGAUGCUGAUUGCUGUUGCCCCAUGUACAGGAGUGUCUAUCUCUGAUCUGUGUGUCUGUCCCUUGGGAGACCCCAAUGAACGGCAACAGAUUUUUCAGCGUUAUUGUAUAAAGAAUUCCUUUCGGGACAUGAAGGACAUUGGCUUCUUACAAGUCAAAGUUUUAAAAGCAGUGGACCUGAUGGCAGCAGAUUUUUCAGGCAAAAGUGAUCCUUUCUGUGUCUUGGAGCUGGGAAAUGACAUGCUUCAAACCCACACCGUUUACAAGAACCUCAACCCAGAGUGGAACAAAGUUUUCACAUUCCCUAUUAAAGAUAUUCACGAUGUUCUGGAGGUGACAGUGUUUGAUGAAGAUGGAGACAAACCCCCUGAUUUCCUUGGAAAAGUUGCCAUCCCUCUGCUGUCUAUUAGAAACGGUAAACAAAGUUGUUAUACACUGAAGAAUAAAGACUUGGAACGUGCUUCAAAAGGAGUAAUUUACUUGGAGCUGGAUGUCCUAUUUAAUCCUAUAAAAGCAAGUAUUAGGACAUUCAAGCCCCGAGAAAAGCGCUUUACUGAGGAGAACCGCAAAUUUUCUAAAAAGAUCUUAUCAAGAAAUGUUGAUCGCGUGAAAAAAAUCACCAUGGCAAUAUGGAAUACAAUACAAUUCCUUUGGAGCUGCUUUCUCUGGGAGUCCACGGUGAAGAGCCUGACAGCAUUUGUGGUGUUUGUGGUCACCGUCUGGACCGUGGAGCUGUACAUGGUGCCCCUGGCUUUGCUGGUGCUCUUUGCAUACAACUUCUCCCUCGUCACAACAGGGAAGGUCAAUAAUGCCCAGGAUGCCCAGGAGCUUAUGGGCUUGGAUGAAGAUGAGGAUGAAGAUGAUAAGGAAUCUGAGAAAAAGGGGCUGAUUGAGAGAAUCCACAUGGUCCAAGAGAUCAUCAUAGCUGUUCAAAGCAUCCUGGAAGAAAUAGCCUCGUUUGGAGAGAGGAUUAAAAACACAUUCAACUGGACGGUGCCUUUCCUCUCUGUCCUGGCCUGCUUGGUCCUGGCAGCAGCCACAGUUAUUUUGUAUUUUAUACCACUGAGGUACAUUGUUUUAAUCUGGGGCAUAAAUAAAUUUACUAAGAAGCUUAGAAAUCCCUAUGCCAUCGACAAUAAUGAGCUACUAGAUUUCCUCUCCAGGGUACCAUCUGAUGUUCAAAAGGUGCAGCAGGCUGAAUUGAAACCAUCCAGCAGCUCCAGCCCCAUCAGGAAGAAGCGGUGCGCGCUCUAGGAUGCGGCGGGGUUUGGGAAUGCAGCACCUCCCUCCCUGCACACACGUGCACACACUGCACCCCUCCCCUCCUUCUUGCUUCAGAACAACACUAGAGUCACUGCCACGGACUUUCUCUUUCUUGGAAGAUGUGGUUUUUGAUAAACACCUAUCUUGGUUUUCUCUACUGGGUUGUCGUUUUGGCACGGCAUCCCAAAAAAGAGCAAGGUGAAACGUGAAUUAUUUUGUGGGAUGGGGAGGAGAAUGGAAGAGGAUGGUGCAACUGCACCUUUUAUUUUUCUUUUUUUAUUCCCCCCUUUGAUUGCAGAGACAAGGCUGGAUGUGGCAGCACUCCCUGUGUUAUGUAGGAAGAGAUAAUUCUGCUUAGUGUAGCAGAUCAGCUGAGCUGAUGUGAGUAGAUGCUCUGAACCAGUUUUUAACAUAUCCAACAGAUUUACAUUAAGAUAUGAAAGCUAUUCUUUUCUGAGUUAAAUCACUGUGCCUAGAAAGGUUUAAGCUCUGAAUUAACGAGUCUUUGAUACCCAUCUUCUGUUCAAGCAGUGUACAUUUUAAAAAGUUUUUUAUCAUAAUUAGCAGAAAGAGCUAGGAGCUCCAACAGUAUCUCAAUAUUUCAUCCAGCACUUGUGGGUUUUCCUUUUUCCUUUAUUUUUUUUAUUUUUUAAUUUUUUUUAAGCCCAGCCUGUGGUUAACUCUUUGUAUACUGGAAUCAUCAGAGAUCCAUUGCUGGCAAUGGAUGCAUGAAAACCUUAUGCCAUGAAAGGAUUAAGAGAAAAGGCUAACUCAGUGACCUGAAAAGACUAUGUUGGCUUGCCUUUUAUAAUUCCAUCUCAUCAGAUAUUUUCAGCAUAGCUGUUGUUUUCCUGUCUAAAUCCAGAGGGGUCAACACUACAGAUCCAAGAGGAAAGGAAAAACCAACACUUUUUAGCCUUAAAGAAACAAGUGCUUGUGCAGAAAGAGAGCACAUGCCCAAAGAAGUGGUUGUGCAAUAGGGUGCAGGCUUUGGUCCACCACUGAUGUCUUCUUGCAGUCUUUCCUGGUGGUUCACAAGGAGAGGACCCAAAAGUGAAGUCACGUGGAAACAGCAAUGGAAAGACAGAUGAAAGGACCCUGUUUUGUGUUCUGUGGAGAAUGUGAUUUUUUGCUUGCUUACCAGUCUUUUAGCAAUUGUGCAUUUGCUUUAUGUAUUUCAGAAAACCAGCAUUAGUCAGGUUGUUUGACUGGGGAAACUAAAACACAGAAUCAUGUGUAAAACCUGCUAAAUUUUGCUGAUACUGCAGCCUUUGGUCCUUUGGGUGCUGUGGGACAUUUUGGGAGUGAUUUGUCACCACAAGUCAUUGGCAGCACGAGAGCUGCAUUUGUUGCUUAUGAUUCCCAGGCAGGAAUUACCACCAGGAUUCCCUGGGGUAGUUGACAGUACAAAGAAAUGCAGAAACCUGAGAGAUAGAAUUCUUUUUUGCAAAAAAAAUAAAAGGCUUUGAAAGUCAUCUAAUAAAAGGUAGAAUGGUUAAAACUUUCCUUAUGGAUUUGUGAUCCAGAUGGAGUUGUGUGUGGUUCCAUAGCACAAUCUUGUGGGCUUGUUCCAGGAAUUUGAAGGAGGAAAACUAACAGCAGACUAUCUUCCACUGGGUUAUUGGGCAGAUUCAGUAGUUUUUCAUAAGUUUAUUUUUCGAAGUCCCACUGUGCCUCUGAAUAAGGACAGGCACAUUUUCAUAUACUUGAUUGGCUAAAGAAUGUAUUUUGCUUAUGCAAAGCUGUGUGUAGCUGCAAAUGGAAGGAUUGAGGAAAGAUUAUCCUGGUUUAAAAAGCCACAAAAAUGCCUCUUUGUUUGCACGUGUGCUUGUGUACCCAUGCAUAUACAGAGUUGUGUAUAAAGAGUACAUGUAUAAUGUAUUUAUAGGCGAGUGUGUGGGGGAAAAUGGGUGAAUAUACAGAUUUGAAAACCUUGAAAAUGUUUAUGAAAAAUGCCAAAGAUUCUAAAGCUUAUCAUCUCGCGUCUGUUCUUCUUCAUUUUGUAUCUUUCCCGGCAUGUCUCUCUGGCUGAGCCAGAUCUCUGCAUGAUUUGAUUUACUUCAACUUAAUGAAGCUGGUUGGAAAGAGCCUUGUAGAAAUUACAAAAUCUCCAGUAAAUCUCCUUCUUGUACAUACAAUAGAUGUCCACGGAACCCUUUUGUUAAACCAGUUUCUCAAUCUUCUCUGUAAACAAUGCCUCAUUGUCUCGCUUCAAACUAUCAUCUGGUUUAUCAUACUGUAAUCUUGUCAUUUUGUAAGGACCAAAGUCAGGCAUAUUUAAGCAGGCAUGUGGGAUCUGAUCGCUGAUUUGAGUGAAAACAUUCAACUGCAGGAAAAACUGUUUAUUUAUUCAGAAAUUCACAUUGAUACUUUAGUAGUUUGGGGGGUUUUCCUUUAGGUUUUUCCACAUGGAACUGAUUUCUGUUCAGGAGACAGGGUGAUAUCUUUUUCUUUUUCUUUUUCUUUCCUUUUUUUUUUUUUUUUUUUUUUUUUUUUUUUUUUUUGGUGUAGAUAUGCUGAGUUUCAGAAUAAUUUGUGUUAAUUGUUUUGCUGGAGUCAUACCAAACGAAGGGAUUUGGAUGGUCCAGUACCUAUAUAUGUUGUGAUGAGCUCUUUGUUUUGAUAAAUGCUGUUUGAAAUGCAAUAAACAUUUGAGGUUAAGCUGA